UUUAGAAAGAUGUUCUAAGGGAAUAUGUCGAUUAUUACUACAUUUUUUUAAUAACUAAAUUCAUGUAAUCAACAAAAUCGGAAAUAUAGCAACAGUUUAUUAACACAGAAAUGAAUGUUAAGGAAGAAAUGGAUAUCCAUGAUGAUUUUCUAUCGAAUAUCGAUGUAAAACAAGAAUUAUUUGACGAAAUAUCUACUCUAAAAAUUCAAAAUACAAAUGAACAAAUAUAUGCAAUUUAUUCAAUCAAACAAGACAUAAAAGAUGACUUGAAUACAGAUAAAAUAUUUCAUAACAAUGUGAAAGCAUUUAGUGAAAGAAAAAGGAACAUUCUUACUUCACACAACAUAAGAAACAAACUAAAAUAUUUAAAAGUUGAUCAUGGAAAGCGAACUAAAUCAAAAGUUGCAGGACUGAUAAAAAAACGAAAAAAUAUUCAACCAAAUGCUAUGAGGUUAGUGAUAUGUGUAUAUUGUGGGAAUUUAUACACCAAACAAGUAGAAUUGUUAUGCCAUUUACAAAUGAAUCAUUGGAUAGAAGGGAAAAAAAUAUAUAAUACUAAAAUUCACCAUAAAAGUAAAAGUGAUAUUUGCAUUAUGGGAAAUCUUGAUAUAAAAGAUGAAGUUGAUAUAGUUGAGCAUAAAUUGAAAGUGGAGUUGCAAGAAACCAGGGAUCAGUUGGAUUUUACUGAUAAUUUAAUCCCAUGUGUGAAUGAGGUUUCAGAACCAUUCCAUAGGAGCAUUUGCUUAAAAUCGUUCCCAGAUAAACUUCAAACAGAAGAAAAGCUAUUUAAAUGUUACCUUUGUAUGAAAUCUUUUGCAUGGAAAAGUAGUUUGAUUACUCAUUUACAAAGUCACACAGGUAAAAAACCUUUCAAUUGUGACAUUUGUAUGAAAACUUUUUCACAGAGAAGUGAUUUGAAGAGACAUUUGCGUAGUCAUACAGGAGAAAAGCCAUUUAAAUGUGACAUUUGUUGGAAAUCAUUUUCUGAUAAAAGUAAUUUAAUUAAACAUAUGCGUAAUCAUACAGGGGAAAAGCCAUUCAAAUGUGACAUUUGUAUGAAAUCGUUUCCAUAUAAAAUUAGUUUGAGCAAACAUUUGUCUAAGCAUGCAGGAGUAAACGCAUUUAAAUGUGACAUUUGUUUGAAACCAUUUUGUCACAAAAGUAAUUUAAAUGUACACAUGCAUAAACACAUAGGGGAAAAGCCAUUUAAAUGUGACAUUUGUUUAAAAGCAUUUUUUCAUAAAAGUAAUUUAAAUAUACAUAUGCGUAGUCACACUGGAGAAAAACCAUUCAAAUGUGACAUUUGUUUGAAAGUUUUUUCACAAAUGAGUAGUUUGAAUAUACAUUUGCGUGGUCAUACAGGGGAAAAACCAUUCAAAUGUGACAUUUGUUUUAAAACUUUUACAAGGAUAAGCGGUUUGAAAAUACAUUUGCAUAGUCAUACAGGAGAAAAACCAUUCAAAUGUGACAUUUGUUUAAAAACAUUUUCAGAGAUGAAUAGUUUAAACAAACAUUCUGUUGUGCAUACAGGAGAAAAACCAUUCAAAUGUGAUAUUUGUUCAAAAUCUUUCUCACGGAAAAGUAGUUUAAAUGUACAUUUGCGUAUUCAUACAGGAAAAAAGCCAUUUAAAUGUGAAAUUUGUAAGAAAUCUUUCACACAUAAAAGUAGUUUGAAUAUACAUUUACAAAGUCACACGGGUGAAAAGCCAGUCAAUUGUCAGGUUUGUUUGAAACCAUUUUCUCAUAAAAAUAAUUUAAAAGUACAUAUGCUAAAGCACACUGGGGCAAAGCCAUUCAAUUGUGACAUUUGUUUAAAAUCAUUUUCUUAUAAAAGUUAUCUAAAAAUACAUAGGAGUAGUCAUACAGGAGAAAAGCCAUUCAAAUGUGAAAUUUGUUUAAAAUCUUUCUUACAGAAAUGUGGCUUGAAUAAACAUUUGCUCAGGCACACAGAAGAAAUACAAUGUGAAAAACCAGUUAAAUGGUCGCAUUCAGCGGACGAAACCGUUGUUCAACCCAAACAGAAUCGUUCCAUAGUCUUUAUAAUGGACGUGAAACCAGAAAUAGAAGAUGCUCUCAUUAAAGAGGAAAAAUUUGAUAUCGAAGAACUUGAUAUCAAACAGGAGAAUGACAAAUUUUUACAACUAACAUGUGAUAAUGUUAAAAUGAAAAAGAUGAUUUAUAAGGAAGGCCUAGAGUGUAAAUUGGAAACAGGCAUAGAAAUAGAUGAGAUCAAAUGGCAUCGAACAUCGUUCACCGAUGACCAAAUUGACUGUUUAGAGGAAGGGUUGUUAAAAGAUGAAAAACGCCUGAACACAAAUACUAUUUCUGGGAUUGUGAUUUGUGGGUUUUGUGGAAAUCUAUACACAAAACAAGUAGAAUUCCAUUACCAUUUUUCAACAAAUCAUUUCAUGAAAAGACGUAAUUUAUUUAAGAUGACGUUUCUCAGAAAAAAUAGAAGCUGCAUUAAAACACGAAAUGGGAUUUCAAGGAAUAUGAAUGAAGAUGUCAAAAAUGGAAUUGAUCUACUAGAAGAUGAAUUAAAAAUAGAGUCGCAGGAAACUAAGUGUAAAUUCAAUACUGAUAAAAAGCCAUUCGAAUGUAAUAUUUGUAUCAAAUCGUUUAUGACAAAACAAUUGUUGAAAUUGCACUUGUUUUGUCAUACAGGUGAAAAACCAUUCAAAUGUGACAUUUGUUUAAAAACUUUUACAUUGAAACGUAGUUUGAAAAUUCAUUUGCGUGGUCACACAGGAGAAAGGCCAUUCAAAUGUGAUGUUUGCUCAAAAACUUUUUCACAAAAAAAUAGUUUAACCACACAUUUGUGUGGUCAUAUAGAUGAAAAACCGUUCAAAUGUGACCUUUGCGUAAAACAGUUUUCAGACAAAGUAUCUUUAAUAGGACAUGUUUGUAGUCACACUGAGGAAAAACCAUUUAAAUGUGACAUUUGUUUAAAGACUUUUGCAUUCAAAAGCAGUUUGAAUACUCAUUUAGAUAGUCAUACAGGGGAAAAACCAUUCAAAUGUGACAUUUGUUUGAAAAGUUUUCCACUGAAAAGUAGUUUGAAAAUUCAUUUGCUCAACCACAAAGGAGUAAAGCCAUUCAAGUGUGACAUUUGUUUGAAAACAUUUUUAAUGAAAGGUAAUUUAAACACACAUCUACGUACUCAUACAGGAGAAAAACCAUUCAAAUGUAACAUUUGUUUCAAGAGUUUUUCAUGGAAAACGAAUUUAUUGUCACAUUAUAUCAGUCACACAGGAGAAAAACCAUUCAAAUGUGAUAUUUGUUUGAAAACUUUUACACUGAAAAAUAGUUUGAAUACACAUUUGCGUAUUCACACGGGGGAAAAACCAUUCAAAUGUGACGUUUGUUCAAAAACUUUUUCACAACAAAAUAGUUUAACCACACAUUUGCGUUACCAUACUGGGGAAAAGCCAUUUAAAUGUGAUAUUUGUUUAAAACAGUUUUCAGACAAAGUAUCUUUAACAAGACAUGCUCGUAGCCACACUGGGGAAAAACCAUUCGAAUGUGACAUAUGUUUGAAGAAAUUUUCAGUAAAAGUAUCCUUAACACGACAUGUUCGUAGUCACACUGGGGAAAAACCAUUCAAAUGUGAUGUUUGUUCAAAAACUUUUUCACAAAAAAAUAAUUUAACCAAACAUUUGCAUUAUCAUACAGGGGAAAAGCCAUUUAAAUGUGACAUUUGCUUCAAACAGUUUCCAGAAAAAGUAUGUUUAACAAGACAUAUUCGUUGUCACACUGUAGAAAAACCGUUCAAAUGUGAUAUCUGUUUGAAAAGUUUCACAAUGAAAAGUAGUUUGAAUACUCAUUUGCUUAGUCACACGGGAGAAAAACCAUUCAAUUGUGAUAUUUGUUCAAAAAAAUUUUCACAAAGAUAUAGAUUAAUUACACAUUUGCGUUAUCAUACAGGGGAAAAGCCAUUCAAAUGUGACGUUUGUUCUAAAACUUUUUCACAAAAAAAUAGUUUAACCACACAUUUGCUAUGUCAUACAGGGGAAAAACCAUUCAAAUGUGAUAUUUGUUUGAAAACUUUCACAUUAAAAACUGGUUUGAAUACUCAUUUGAAUAUUCACACAGAAGAAAAACCAUUCAAAUGUGACAUUUGUUUGAAAAAUUUCACUUUAAAAAGCAGUUUGAAUACACAUUUUCGUAUUCACACAGGAGAAAAACCAUACAAAUGCGACAUUUGUUCGAAAAGUUUUCCACGGAAAAGUAAUUUGAAAAUUCAUUUGCACAAGCAUGAAGGGGGAGAGCCGUUCAAAUGCGACAUUUGUUUUAAACCGUUUUCACAGAAAGCUAGUUUAAAUUCACAUCUACGUACUCAUACAGGGGAAAAACCAUUCAAAUGUGACAUUUGCUUGAAAACAUUUUCAUGGAAAACAAAUUUAGUAACACAUUCUCUCAGUCACACAGGAGAAAAACCAUUCAAAUGUGAUAUUUGUUUGAAAACUUUCGCAUUUAAAAGUAGUUUGAAUAAACAUUUGCUCAAUCACACGGAGCGGAAACCAUUCAAAUGUGACAUUUGUUUAAAAACUUUUUCACAAAAAUAUAAUCUAACCACACAUUUGCGUUAUCAUACAGGGGAAAAGCCAUUCAAAUGUGACAUUUGCUCGAAACAGUUUUCAGUAAAAGUAUGUUUAACACGACAUAUGCGUAUUCACACAGGGGAAAAACCGUUUAAAUGUGAUAUUUGUUUGAAAACUUUUUCAUGGAAAACUAAUUUAGUAAAACAUUCUCUCAGUCACACCUGA